UUCAAGGUUGGCCAAGGAGCAAGAGCAACAUCAGUGAAUGGAUUUUUCUUGGAUUACAAAGAUUUCUCAUGGAGUCUUGGAGGAGCAAAUCAUCUGAAUCAAACAAUAACAGUGCCAAAUAUCAUCAGGCAAUUCAGCCCAUCUGUAAAGGGUGCAUCUGCAAAGGUGUCACAGGAUGACGAUGAUUUUGUUGAUGAUCUUAAUGUAGCCUUUAUUGGUGCCUCUGCAAGCGACCUUGAAAAUCAAGCCAAGGACCUGGUUUCAAGAAUGAAAGCUAUGAAGGGUAUUGACUUCAAUAAUGACUGGAAACUUCUCACAAUUUGGAUUGGAACAGAUGACCUCUGUCAAGUUUGUGAGAAUGAGGAGAAAUUCAGUGCUGGCUCUUUUAUAAAAUAUAUGAUGCGCACACUAAAUUACCUAAAAAAUGAGGUGCCCAGGUUGUUUGUGAAUUUAGUUCCACCCAUGGAUGUUUCUCCUCUUUAUGAGUUACAUCAAGCAAAUACCAACUUGUGCCAAAUUCUGGGAUGGAGCUCUUGUCCUUGUUUGAGAAAGGUUGCCACAGAAAGAGCUAAAAUUACCACGGCUGUCAAACAGUAUAAGAAAUUAUUGGAGGAACUGGUGAAUAGUGGAAUAUAUGACACAAAGGAUAACUUUGCAGUGGUUAUUCAACCUGCCCUCCAGGUGCUGCCAAGAAAUCAGGAUGGUGAUUUAGUGAAAUCCUUUUUCGGUGUGGACUGCUUGCACUUCUCUGUGCAAGGUCAUGCUGCAGCAGCACUAGCUUUGUGGAACAAUAUGUUGGAACCAUUUGGAUCCAAGACAAAGCAGUGGGGUGACCAGGAGACCUUAAGAUGCCCAUCUAAGGACAAGCCAUACAUGUUCACCAAAGUUAACAGUAGAACAGUCACAAAUACUGUUGCUGCUAAUGAUAAUGAUGACAGUGAUGACAGGUCAUCUCCUGGUGACUUUCCACCUGUUGCUGCUGUGGCUUUGGCUAUGUCCCUCACAGCUGUUGUCAUUAUUGUAGUUGUGAUGGUGUGGAGAGGACGAAAAUCACGGCGGAGACCAGAGGCAUCUAGAUUGCUGUAUGCUUCUGGACCUCACAAACCAAGACUAUGAGCAUUUUAGAAAAAAAAAGUAGGCUUACCAUUAAUCACCAUGGCUCACUAGUUUAGGUGAUUGUCCGUGCUCUGGGCUGACAAGUGAACUUAUAGCUUACUGUCAGUCACUUAUGUGGUAACCUUUGUUCUGAAGUCCCAGACUGUUUAGAUUGACCAGUUGGAAAAGAGUCUAUAGGCAAAAUAAUUUAUUGUAUAAUAACAGGUUUCCUGGUGUAUAAGUUUCAAAAUAAUUCAUUACAGAAUUCAUAACAAAGUAAUUAAGAUGUGUUAUAAUGAAGAUUUACAUGUGAGAUCUUGUUAAUGGUGAAUUAGAGGCCAUUCAUUCUAAAUUAGUAGUUUUGUGCCCACUCCAGGGAAAACACCACAAGUUUUAGAGGUUUGUACAUUCCAGAUGUGAAGAAGCACAGUAUCUUUGACUCUUUCAUCAUUAGAUUCAUCACAACCUUGAAUAAUUUGAAUAUAAGUAUAUACUAAAACAGUAAAUGGUGUUAAGGGAUGCUUUGAUUGGUUACUCAAACUCCAAAUAUCCUCUGCUAUUCACCUCUGAGCUACUCAUGCAGGAUUUGGGCCCAAAAAUACAAGUGAAUAAAUGAGUUAAUAUCAUCUUUUUGUGCUAUAUUUUCAGUGUAGGUAGCAGAGGUGGAUCUUUAACUUGCUGCUUCCCAGCUUGGUGAAUAUUCACCACUAGCCACCUCCACUUCAGUGAAUAAUUGUUACCUGUUCAUUGAAGAUCAUCAGUCCUGUCAAAGGCAGGGGGGAAAAAAGGUUCAUCACCUGCCCUUUAAGGUUACCUCGCUGUAAAAAGGUAUACUUUAACUGUGCAGUUAUUUAAAAAGAGAAUUUCCCAUUUUUGCUCAGACUGUUAAAUGUUUCAUUGCAAGUUGUGAAUAAAACUUUCUUGCAAUGCAGUGAA